GUUUCAGUAACUGUCAGUUCCCAAUUUUCUACACUCAAAACUAAAAUUGUGUGAACAACACAUCUUCAUAAAUUAAAUGCAAUAUUUCCGCUGAAUAAAGAAUUGUUUUUGGUUGGUUAUGGCAGUUAAUUUUGGUGCUAGCCAUGGUUUUUUCCAAUCAUUUUCCUCUCCGCGCCAAAUACAGCAGAUUCCCAGUUGCAAUUUGGGGAAUUUGCUCAGGUUUCCUCCUUCUCGGAGAAUUCCCAUUUCCGCCGUAGCUCGUGCUAGCGCAGCGGAGGCGGAGGCGGCGGUUACGGCAGGAAAGGAGGAGUCUUUGGCGGCGUUGGAGGUGAGCGAGAUUGAUGGGAAGUGCAAGAAGUGGGCGUGGAGGGGUUACGCCAUCAAUUACUUUGUUUAUCCGGAAAUUAGCAGUGAAGCUGCUGCUGAUGUCAAACCUCCCCUCCUUCUAGUUCAUGGUUUUGGAGCAUCGAUUGCUCAUUGGCGAAGGAAUAUCCCGACACUUGCUCAGAGCCACACGGUGUACACCAUCGAUCUCCUUGGCUUUGGUGCUUCGGAUAAGCCUGCAGGCUUUCAGUACACCAUGGAAACAUGGGCUCAGUUGAUACUCGACUUCUUGGACGAGGUUGUUCAAAGGCCGACUGUGUUAUUGGGGAACUCCGUUGGUAGCCUCGCAUGUGUGAUCGCUGCUGCAGAGUCGAGUCAGUCCCUUGUUCGAGCACUCGUGCUGUUCAACUGUGCUGGUGGAAUGAACAACAAGGCCAUAGUGGAUGACUGGAGAAUAAAGCUAUUCUUGCCUUUGCUUUGGUUGAUCGAUUUCUUGCUCAAGCAGAGAGGAAUUGCUUCGUAUUUGUUUGAUCGUGCCAGGCAAAGAGAGAAUCUGAGAAAUGUGCUGUUGUCUGUUUAUGGAAAUAAGGAGAACGUCGAUGAUGAACUCGUGGAGAUAAUUAGGAGGCCUGCGCUCGAUGAAGGUGCUCUUGAUGCUUUCGUCUCAAUCAUCACGGGCCCACCAGGGCCGAAUCCAGUCCAGCUGAUGCCAAAGAUCAGCUUACCAGUCCUGCUUCUAUGGGGAGACCAAGAUCCGUUCACGCCCAUUGAUGGCCCCGUUGGAAAAUACUUCUCGUCACUACCUGCACAACUGCCCUCCGUGAGCCUAUUUAUGCUGGAGGGAGUCGGGCAUUGCCCCCACGAUGACAGGCCAGAUUUGGUCCACGAGAAGCUGCUCCCUUGGCUGGCUAGUCUCCCUGUUCCAUAAGAUUUUUACGAUGCCUAACUGCAUAUCUCGAAGCAAUAUCUGUUGUUGGUAGAUUGAUCAAGAACAGAAUCAGAUUCGUGUGCUUCAUUUUAUAAAAUCAUUGAUUGAAUCUUGAUUUCA